AUGGCUGAUCGUGGAGAUGACUUCGUCGUCCACUCCAGAGUCCAGGGGCGACCGUUCCUCUAUCCAUGGAACCGCCGCCUCCGUCACCUACACGGUAUAUCUCUGCGAAACCUGCAUGUAACCUCGAGCAGUCCCAAACGACAGGGCAGGACGACUACCGACGACGACGCUCCCUACAACCUCGUUAGCCCGGCCAAGCGCGCUCUGCAUGAGGAAUCUAGCCAAUCCCACCUAUCUCACUCGCGUUCGUUCACAAACCUCCCUACAGCCAUCGACGAAGCUUCAAUUUCCGGUGGCCCUCAAAGGGCUGCCACUUCCUUCGAGAGAAAUGAGAAGGGACAAACCAGACCUGGCGGGGUGAGACUUCGCAGAAGAAGCACUCUGCAUUGGGCUACGAGCAACCCUCGCGUGCGCCAGUCUACUUUGGAAGAUAUGGUCGUCAAGCGCCUUGCCGAUACAUGGGUAUCAGUACAUUGUGCAGGCAUCUCCGAACCUGUAUACGUCAGCGAGGUCGUAGAAAAAUCCAUGAAUCCGAGCUUUGCGUUCUUCGAUUUGGACAACAGCGGGCCGAUGAUAUCAAGGUCCGACGAGUGUACUAUUCGAGUUUGGGCCCGGCCUUCGAAGACGGAAGACUACUGUUUGCUGGUGGAAUUGGACCUGAACCUGCGAUCUUUGCAGUUUAUUGGACGAAGUCUGGAGAACUUUCACCACCCAUUGCCUCAAAACUGCGUCUUGCUACAUCUAUCUGAUGGAAUCUACACCAGUUUCACGGACCUGCCAGUGGAGCCCCAUCCCACCGUUGAGCACUCGGUUGACCAUAGAGCCGGCGGGAGCAAACCGGGCACCACGUUCGAUGCACUGAUACAGCUUGCAAACCUGGAUGAGUGUAUUCAGGAUGCCAUCAAAGUACGCUCCCACCUUGAGGAUGAUAUCAACAAAGUCCUCGCCAACGCACGCGCAUUCACCGUUGCGGAGGAGGCGCAGCAUGAGAUUGAUGACGAGAACCCCCAGACAAAGGCGGCUUUGGCUGCCGAGCAAAGGCAACUCAGACAAUUGAAAAAGCAAAGAGACGAAUUACUGGGAUCCUUGGAGCAACAGAGGAAUGCUCUUGCGAUGGGCCGCGAGACCGAAGUCGCAUCCAGGACGCUGAUCGAUGAAGGGGAAAAGGAAUCUAGGGAGCUUGAGGCUCAGCUUAACCAGAUCGGAGCAGACUCCAGCGGCCAAGUUAGACGAAUAUGCGAGUCGCUUCUUGCUAUCUUCCCAAUCGAACCACUCAAAAACCGGACGCUUCAGUUCACGAUCCGCGGUAUCCACCUUCCGAAUUCGGUCUACAACGACACGAACCGAGACGAAAUUGCUGCAGCUCUUGGAUUUACUGCUCAGUUGGUGCAUCAGUUGGCGCUCUACCUGUCUAUUCCUUUGCCAUAUACAGUUGAACCGUAUGGGUCCGCAUCCUACAUCAUUGAUCCGAUAUCGAUCGGCCUUAGCCAGCGAAGAUACCCGCUGCACCCAACAACCGUUCCCUACAAGUUUGAAUAUGGUGUCUUCCUGUUGAACAAGGACAUCGAGUUUCUGAUGAACCGACAAGGUCUGCGGGUCCUUGAUAUUCGGCACACUCUCCCAAACCUCAAGUACUUGCUUUAUGUAUUGACCGCAGGUACCGGCGAGAUGCCCUCGCGGAAAGCUGGUGGUGUCAGAGGAUUGUUGGGAGGUCGCAUGACACCCGACAUAUUACGAAGAGCUAGCGAAGACAGUGUCCGCAGUCUACCGACGCCGCUGAAACAACAACCCGACGACAUGAAGACCAUUGUUGAUGGCAGAGAAAAGGAUACUGAUCCCUUUUUAACAACAUCUCCAGCGGUGGGGCUAUCAUAUCGACAAGGAUUCCGAGGGACAAGAAACAGGUGA